ACAUUACAUUACACCAAACGCAAAAAAUGAUGAUGCAUAUAACAGCAGUCAAGAAAAAGAAAAAUCAUGCACAUACGGACAAGUCAAGACUCGUCGGAAUUUUUCUUACCGGUGUCAUUCGCCGUCGUUUCAUCCACCGUCUUCUCAUUUCUGCCAUUUCCGUUUCUCUUCUUCUUCUUUUCGCCGUUCUCUCUCUCUUCGCUCCUUCUCCUGUUAUUGAAAAUGACUUUAUUAGGCCUCGUUUGGAUUCUGAUCACCAGCAAUCGCCGCUUCACGUUCCGGCGAGUGGAGGUGCUUACAGGCAUGAUUUAUGGAAUUCCACCAACUCUAAGCUUUUCGCUGCCUGCAGUAAUGCCGGUGUCAACUUUCCAAAGGCCGAUAGCAAAACUCAGCCGGAUCGAUAUUUGUUAAUUGCAACGAGUGGAGGCUUAAAUCAACAAAGAACAGGGAUAAUUGAUGCUGUUGUUGCUGCCUAUAUUUUGAAUGCUACACUUGUUAUUCCGGAGUUGGAUCAUACAUCAUUUUGGAAAGACAGCAGCAAUUUUUCCGAACUAUUUGAUGCUGAUUGGUUUGUAAAAUUCCUCCGGAAUGACAUAAGAGUUAUAAAGCAACUUCCAAAUAUGGGAGAGAAAUUUGUGAGUCCACAUACAGUUCGUGUUCCAAGGAAAUGCACCCCCAAAUGCUAUGAGGGUCGUGUUUUACCCUUGCUGGUCAAGAAACGUGCUGUUCGGCUCACGAAGUUUGACUACAGGCUUUCUAAUAUGCUGGAUGAUGAUCUACAAAAGCUGAGGUGCAGGGUAAACUACCAUGCUCUCAAAUUUACAGAUCCAAUUCAGGAAAUGGGAAAAUUGUUGGUUGAGCGGAUGAGAAUGAAAAGCAAACAUUUCAUUGCUCUACAUUUAAGGUUUGAACCGGAUAUGCUUGCAUUCUCUGGUUGCUAUUAUGGUGGGGGAGAAAAGGAAAGGAAAGAACUUGGUGAAAUUAGGAAGCGGUGGAAAAGUUUACAUGCAAGCAAUCCUGACAAAGUAAGAAGACAUGGAAGGUGCCCACUUACUCCAGAAGAAGUUGGUCUAAUGCUUAGAGCUCUAGGUUUUGGAAUUGACACGCACUUGUAUGUGGCAUCUGGAGACAUCUAUGGAGGUGAGGAAAUGUUAGCACCCCUCAGAGCUCUUUUCCCCAACUUCCAUUCAAAGGAGACCUUAGUUACCAAGGAGGAAUUGGCGCCAUUUGUGUCCUUUUCUUCUCGCAUGGCUGCACUUGAUUACAUAGUUUGUGAUGACAGUGACGUUUUCGUCACAAACAACAAUGGGAAUAUGGCUAAAAUUUUAGCUGGAAGAAGGAGGUACUUUGGUCAUAAACCAACUAUCCGCCCGAAUGGAAAAAAGUUGAACCCCUUAUUCAUGAAAAAAGAUAACAUGACAUGGGAAGAAUUUGCAUCUAAAGUUCGAACUUUCCAGGUAGGCUUCAUGGGGCAGCCUAAUGAGUUGAGGCCUGGCAGUGGUGAGUUUCAUGAAAAUCCAACAUCUUGCAUAUGUCAAAAGUCAGGAUUGGAGGUGAAAACUGGGGGAUUUUCCAGUCCCCAAAAUCAAACGCAUGAAGUCGAUAAUAAGGUAGAGAACAGGACAGAAAAGCAGCCUGCUGAGGAAGAUCGGGAGUUGUCUGAAUUAGAUUACGAUUUGGACAUUAGAAAGCAGGUUGAGCUCAAAGGAACUAAAAUUGAUUCACUGCCUGUUCUAAUGGGAACCGACCAAGCUGAAGUGCAAGUAUUCUUCUCAGAUUAGAUAUUCCAAUUCAUGCACUGAUAGGAAUAAGAUCUUCAAACAAUUUUCUUAGAUGGGACUGAAAAUUAAGCCUUUGUAUAUACUUUUAUUAGAUUUUGAUGGGGACUGCUUCAAAAUGCAAGUUGUAGUAACUGUAAAUAUAUAGGCCACUGAACAGAUAUGUUGAAGCUUCUGAAGCUGAAAUUUGUGGGAAGGUUUGAUAAGAAAUUCAUUUUAUUCAUAUUACAUAGUAUAGGACAGGACAGGACAGGAUAGCCAUAGUUAGAUGUCCAAUGUAAAAAUAUUAUUACAAUUCAAGAACUUUUGUCUAUAA